GCUCGUGACAGAAUGGAUCUACCUGAUCCCCAAUCAUAUUCAGAUUUGAUAAAUGUUAUGUACAGUGCAGCGUUUGGUUCAUUAAAAAGAUACACAAAUAUGAAUUCAAUUCAGUUAAACUACGUAGGUAAUGAUGCAUUAAUUAUCGGAGAUCCUGAUUUCAUUCAGUCAAUAAAUUUCACUGUCAUUCAUACAAGCUCAACAGCUUCAGUUGCGCCGGAAUUUAACAAUGCUCAGUUACUCACUUACAUCUUAGCAGAAGUGAAUGGUCAUGUAUUUCCAAUUGUUACCAUAUUAUGGUCUCGAAGGACUCCAGCAGUGUGUGCCGCUGUUUUGAAUAUUAUACAUCAUCGAUAUAUUAGAAAUGCGCCACUUACGAUCUUUACUAAUUUUGAUUUGAAGCUGUACUUUGAGCAUGAGUUUCCUAAUAGCGUAAUUCUGGGAACUUAUCAUAGUUAUUGUCGUAUUAUUUUUCAAAAAGCUUUGAAUCUGGAACUUGACACUAAUGCCAUUGAAGUUCAAGAGUUUCUAAAAAAAUGUAUGGGACUUAUUCUUUUGCCAGAGAAUCAUACUUCUGCAGCAUUGACGAGUUUGACUCAAUCUCUUCCACCUAAUUGGCUUCACCAGUUACAACCGUUUAUUAACGACUUUUAUUGCGGAAACAGUGGAGUGCUGUUAAUGAUAAUAGAAUUUCACCUUUGGAAUUUUUAAACGCUGUAAUGCCAAUCCAAACAGAAUAUUUUAACAAUUUACUUCACAAUGCUGAAUUUUUGAUAGAACAGCAACUGCUUGUUAAUGAAACAAAUAAUGUAGAACCUAUGGUUGAAGCUAUUGAAAUGAUAUGUACAAUCUGCUAUGAUGAUCCUGUUACUGUUGUCUGCUUACCAUGUCUUCACAUACAAAUGUGCACUGAGUGUGCCAAUAACACUCAGGAGCAAGCAAGAAUAAAUCACAGACCUCUCUUGUGUCCUUUUGUAACUUGCCGUCAGAGCUUCGUCAAGGGAACUUCAGAGUUGAUCCACAAAUCAAUAUUCCAUUAAUGACAUGUGAAUUAUGUAAUAUUAAUUCAGUAAAAAUUGUUUGUUUUCCGUGCUUGCACAUAAAAAUGUGUGUACCUUGCUCUGAAGAAAGAGCAGCAGCUGCUGUUAAUGAAGAUAUCGAUGUACACUGCCCAUUUUGUGAUAAGCCAGCUGUAUUCCAGCGAGGAUUUUUUCCUCUUGCUUAAACUUACUUUUAUUUAAA